UCGCCAUUGAUGCCAUUGAUGCCAUUGAUGAGUUCUUGAGCCCUUAGUAAGCUGGUGGAUGGAGAAGAGGAAGCGUCAUAUUGUUAUUGGCUCCCUCGUUAGAGCGUUGCUUCCUCCGCUCCCAUCUCCUCCUCUUUUCGUCUUUGAAUACGAGUCGGUGGCGAUUGUGCUCUUGUAGCGAGAUUCUCCUUCACAACCCUUCUCUUGGAGGAGAGGGAAGAUGCACGGCAGGAGAGGCUAGUUUGGUGUCUCCUUUGAGCGAUCUUCCAGUAAAGGGGAAGAUGUUUGGUCAGAUUCCAUGCGGUCUGCUAAGCUAAGAUUGUAAAAUUUGAGUUAUUUGUUACGCAGAUCCGAUUAAAACUAGCACUUUUCUGGAGAAUUAUCCAUGGAGGGCGAAGGAGAGAAAGGGAGACCUCUGAAGCACUCUGGUGGCCAACUGUGCCAGAUUUGCGGCGAUGAUGUUGGCACAACGGUGGAUGGUGAUCAAUUUGUUGCAUGCGAUGUUUGUGGGUUUCCUGUUUGCAGACCGUGCUAUGAAUAUGAGAGGAAGGAUGGGAAACAGUCGUGUCCCCAGUGCAAAACCAAGUACAAGAGGCAUAAAGGAAGCCCUAUUGUUCAUGGAGAGGAGGGUGAUGAUGCUGAUGUUGAUGAUGUGAGCAAUUUUAACUAUCCGACUGGCAAGCAGGAUCAAAAGCCAAAAAUUUCUGAACGGAUGUUGGGUUGGCAUCAUGAACAGGGGGGAGAAAUUGGUCCUCCAAAGUAUGAUAGUGGAGAGAUCCCUCGCAAUCACAUUCCCUUGCUCACUCAUAGCCAGGGGCUCUCAGGGGAACUGCCGAUUCAAUCGCCUGAUCAUAUGAUGUCCCCAGGUGGAGGUGGAAAGCGUGUUCAUCCACUACCUUUCCGUUCGCCUAGCACAUCUAGAGAAUUUGGUACGGUUGCCUGGAAAGAGAGAGUAGAUGGAUGGAAGCUGAAGCAAGACAAGAAUGGUGUGCCAAUGACCAAUGGCACUAGUCAUCCUCCUUCUGAAGGCAGGGGAGCUGGUGAUAUUGAUGCAACUACUGAUUAUAAUAUGGAUGAUGCUUUAUUGAAUGAUGAAGCCCGCCAGCCUCUUUCAAGGAAAGUUCCUGUUUCAUCUUCCAAGAUAAAUCCAUACAGGAUGGUUAUUGUGUUACGUCUUGUUAUCCUCUGUGUUUUCCUCCACUAUCGUAUCACAAAUCCAGUCCGCAAUGCCUAUGCUUUAUGGUUAUUAUCUGUAAUAUGUGAGAUAUGGUUCGCUAUAUCUUGGAUAUUGGAUCAGUUCCCCAAGUGGUUUCCUGUGAACCGUGAAACAUACCUUGACAGAUUGGCGAUUAGAUAUGAUAGAGAGGGUGAACUGUCUGAGCUAGCUGCUGUUGACAUUUUUGUCAGUACUGUUGAUCCUUUGAAAGAGCCUCCUCUUGUAACAGCCAACACUGUGCUAUCGAUCCUAGCUGUAGACUACCCUAUCGAUAAGGUCUCUUGCUAUGUCUCUGAUGAUGGUGCUGCUAUGCUCACAUUUGAAGCACUAUCUGAAACUUCAGAGUUCGCAAGAAAAUGGGUUCCUUUUUGUAAGAAAUAUAGCAUCGAGCCGCGGGCUCCUGAAUGGUACUUCUCACAGAAGAUUGAUUACCUGAAGGAUAAAGUUCAACCUUCAUUUGUGAAAGAUCGCAGAGCAAUGAAGAGGGAAUACGAAGAAUUUAAAAUCCGUAUCAAUGGCCUUGUCGCAAAAGCACAAAAAGUUCCAGAUGAAGGGUGGAUCAUGCAGGAUGGCACGCCAUGGCCUGGCAAUAACACAAGGGAUCAUCCUGGAAUGAUCCAGGUUUUCUUGGGUCAUAGUGGAGGGCUUGACACUGAAGGCAACGAGCUGCCACGAUUAGUCUAUGUAUCUCGUGAGAAACGUCCAGGUUUCCAACAUCACAAGAAGGCUGGUGCUAUGAAUGCUCUUGUACGUGUGUCAGCAGUUCUUACUAAUGGACCCUUUAUGUUGAAUCUUGAUUGUGAUCACUACAUAAACAACAGUAAGGCUUUGAGAGAAGCAAUGUGCUUUCUUAUGGAUCCAAAUCUCGGAAGGCAAGUUUGUUAUGUACAAUUCCCUCAAAGAUUUGAUGGUAUUGACAAGCAUGAUCGAUAUGCCAACCGUAAUACAGUGUUUUUUGAUAUCAAUUUGAGAGGUCUUGAUGGUAUCCAAGGCCCUGUUUAUGUCGGCACGGGUUGUGUCUUCAACCGAACGGCUUUGUACGGUUAUGAACCUCCUAUCAAGAAUAAGAACAAAUCAAAGAAUUCCUUCUCUUUCUGCUGUGGAGGUUCCCGUAAGAAGAAAUCUAAAUCUAGCAAGAGAAGUUCAGAAAAGAAAAAGGCAAGCAAACAUUUGGAUAAUACUGUUCCAAUAUUUAAUCUAGAAGAUAUCGAAGAGGGAGUUGAAGGCGCUGGCUUUGACGAUGAGAAGUCACUGCUUAUGUCACAAAUGAGUCUGGAGCAAAGGUUUGGCCAAUCGGCUGUCUUUGUUGCCUCGACAUUGAUGGAAAAUGGAGGUGUUCCUCAGUCUGCGACUCCUGAGUCUCUUUUGAAAGAAGCUAUUCAUGUCAUCAGCUGUGGUUACGAGGAUAAAACAGAAUGGGGAAGUGAGAUUGGAUGGAUUUACGGUUCUGUGACAGAAGAUAUUCUCACUGGAUUCAAGAUGCAUGCCCGUGGCUGGAAGUCAAUCUACUGCAUGCCUAAGCGCGCAGCAUUCAAAGGUUCUGCCCCUAUCAAUCUUUCAGAUCGUCUGAACCAAGUGCUUCGAUGGGCCUUGGGAUCUGUUGAGAUUCUCUUUAGCCGCCAUUGCCCGAUAUGGUAUGGUUAUGGCGGACGAUUGAGGUUCCUGGAAAGAUUUGCAUACAUCAACACCACCAUUUACCCUCUGACUUCGGUUCCCCUCCUGCUAUACUGUACAUUGCCAGCCAUUUGUUUACUCACAGGCAAAUUCAUUAUCCCCCAGAUUAGCAAUGUUGCAAGUAUCUGGUUCAUUUCUCUCUUCAUCUCCAUCUUCACUACUGGUAUUCUGGAAAUGAGGUGGAGUGGUGUCGGCAUUGACGAAUGGUGGAGGAAUGAACAAUUCUGGGUCAUUGGUGGCGUCUCAGCCCAUCUAUUUGCCGUAUUCCAAGGCCUUCUCAAAGUUCUUGCCGGUAUCGACACCAACUUCACUGUUACAUCCAAAGCUUCAGACGAAGAUGGUGACUUUGCUGAGCUCUACAUGUUCAAGUGGACCACUCUGUUGAUACCACCAACCACCCUUCUCAUAGUAAACCUGGUUGGUGUGGUUGCUGGGAUCUCCUAUGCGAUAAACAGUGGCUACCAAUCUUGGGGACCUCUCUUCGGGAAGCUCUUCUUUGCCUUCUGGGUGAUUGUUCACCUGUACCCCUUCUUGAAAGGUCUUAUGGGUAGGCAGAACCGCACACCUACGAUCGUUGUGGUUUGGUCCAUUCUUCUCGCGUCGAUCUUCUCCCUGUUAUGGGUACGUAUCGACCCGUUCACCACGCGAGUGACUGGGCCAAAUGUGCAGGAAUGUGGCAUCAACUGCUAGAGAAUGAAUGACAAAGCACAUUGAAUUCAUCUGUUGCACAAGCUUUAUUUAUGCCAAAUAUGUGAAGAUACAUCCUAUCAAUCUUCUUUUUCUUUAGUCCACUUUGUUCUGAGUCAAGCUUUUGUAGAUGUCGAGACUUGUUUUGUAUCUUACAUCAAGUUUUAAGUUGCAGUGUUAUAGGAAGAACAGCAGUUAAUAAA